GGCCAGCUCGGGGCGCUCCCGUGACGUGAGGCGGCGCGGGGCGGGCGGCGGCAGCGGAGCGAGGCAGGGAAGCGCCGAGUAGCAGCGGGAGCAGCAGCCCUCUCGUUUCACCGUAUCGCCACCAUGAGUCGGACCCUUAGGACACUUACGUUCCCCCUCGUCGUCGUUUCCGUGGCGUGCUGCCUUUGCGGGCUGGCCGCGAUCGCAGAGGCGAGCGGCGACUACGACAUCUGUGGAAACAUUUCUGACUGCAAUUCCUGUAUUAAUAAGACAAAUUUAGGCUGCGUGUGGCUCAAAUGUGAAGAUAAAAAAAGCAUGUGUCUCAAUGAAACAGCAAAACCUAAGUCUGAAGAAUGUAAAACUGAAACACAGUGUUCGUCUGCCACAGUUUCUCCUCCUACCAAUGUUACUACGACAUCUUCCAAUGUCACUGUAACACCCACCAAUGCCACCACUGCCUCUUCCAAUGCCACCACAGCCUCUUCCAAUGCUACCACAGCCAGUUCUGCCACCACAGCUCCUACUCCUAUAGCCAACGUCACCAAUGCAACUACUCAUGCUCCUCAGCCUAAACCUACCGUUACUUCAGCUACCACGACACCCACUCCUACAGGUUCAGAUACUACUGUGGCUCCUGUACCUGUUCCACGCAAAUCUACAUUUGAUGCUGCAAGUUUCAUAGGUGGAAUUGUCCUUGUUCUGGGUCUGCAGGCUGUUAUUUUCUUUCUGUACAAAUUCUGCAGAUCUAAAGACCGAAAUUACCACACGCUUUAGGACCUGCCCCUUGGUAAUGGACUAGUAGCCCAACACCUGUAGUUCACUGAACCAAAAUAUUUUCUGUUGCUCAUGGAAGACAGCAGUUCAUAAUAUCCUUUAAAUCUCUAAAAGAAGACUUUAAAUGAAUAUUUUUGCAACAUUAUAGUUGGCAAGAAGUGAUAUGAAUCUCUUCAACAGGAUUAUUUGCAAUAUGCUGCAUGGGUUCUAAUGGCUGUUUUAUUUUCCUUUAGUGGCUGCUGAUGUGGGACUUUUCUUGAUAUGCCAAAUGUAGAAUGUUUAAAGAUUCUUAUUCAGUGGCAACACUGUCCAGUAGACAAUCUUAAAAUGACUUUUUCUGAAGGCUAAUUGAAACAACAUCUGAUACAGUAUCCCUUCAGUUUUGUCAAGAUGUGAAUUACUCGUGACUGAUUUUCAGGGAGUGAAAUAUCAUUUAUAGUAGCUUAUGGCUCUUAUAGUGUGUUGCUAGAAAGAUGGACAAAAAUGUAGAAUUAGAAAAUGUCUUAACAGAAAAACAUAACCCUUUUUUUUUUUUUAAACACAAGAAUAAAAGAUGCCUGAUAAAAUACUUCAUUCCAAACAGAAUUCCUAUGCCAUUUCCAAUUAAUGUUGAGGGUGGAUGUAGGAAUAAUCCUUCUAAUGGGGAAAUAAAUAUUAGUGCCUUAAAAGACUAAAUUUCAGUAGACUGUAAGCAUGUCCCAGCUAUCUCAAAGAUAAAUAGAACUUUUAAGUAAUUGCUUUACAUAGGAAUAUAGAAUAUAUGUGACUUGAGCAUUCCAGUUAAAAAAAUAAAAAUCCUUAGAAUAACUGUUCCUUAGUGAUUUUGUUUUAUAGUGAGGAGUAUGGUGCAGCGAUGUUCAGGCACAGACAGAAGCUUUGACUUGUUUACCUUUUGUUCUGGCCUACAAAGAUCAACCAUAAAAUUAAUGCUAUAAUUCAGUUCACUCCCUGUAUAAAAAGGCAACAGCUCACAUUUAUACUUGAAAUCCUGAUGUUUGGGAAAUCCUGAUGUUUUUGUUAUUCAAAUGGUUCUUAAAACUCGUUGCAAUUAAUUUCAGAAGCUUGGGUUGGUUUUUUUCUUUAUUACUCUCCUGUAUGUCUUCUUGCUGAAGGAGCAAUUAAGGGUCAUUUGGAGGAUCUCCUGAUUUGAUCGUAGUCAUGAUAGCUGUAAUCUUGGGACUGACAGCUACAUCUUUUUUCUUUCCCUUCUCCCCUUCCUGGCUUCAGGUUUGUGUCACCUUGCAGUGAACUGGUUAAGGAAAUCUAUUCAGCCAAAUAGUUUAGGCUAGUUUUUUGUUGUUUGUUUUUUUUUUUUUUUGUCUUUGGCUGGAUCAGCCACAUGAUCUGAGUAUCAAAGGUACGUCAUCUCCAAUGAGGACUGACUUGAGUACCUGUGAAAAUAAAUCCACAGGAAAAACGGAAGUAGAGAUAAAAUCAAAUGGUGUGGGUAGCACAUAAUGAAUAGCUUCUGAUGAUAUCCCCUGAUCAUCAGUUUUGGGAUGAUCGUAGUACUGUCUUACUAGCUCUGACUUGACUGGAAUUGGGCACCCAAGACAAAAAUAGCAUUGAUAGCAGAUAAUAGUCAUGGCAGUGGGACUUGAAUUACAAAGCAAAUUAAGUGCAUUUCAGUUGGAAACUUGAAGUGUAUAGUGUUGCUUUCUUGUGUUCUUUUCGUUUGAAUGGCAUUGUUUCUAUUGUGCUGCAUAGAAAACGCAAAUUGCUACACAGUGCAGAGAUUACUCACCAGCACUGUAUCUUUGAGUUCAUUAGCUUUUGGUUUUCUAAACAAAACUAAGACAAUCAGCUCAGGUUUAUGAAAACAGCAGUGAGCAGCCAGUUUUCAGCAACAGUAUGUGGAUGAGUUAGGCGGUAUAUCGUUGGCCUUACUGUGAAAUGACUUAAAUCUGUCCUUCCCCUAUCUAAGAACUAUUUUGCUACAUUUGUUAAAAAAAAAUGAAUCCAUGAGCUUGUAUUCUGUGCUUUGAAGUGAACAAAAUACUCAAUUGAAAUAUGACAGUUUGCCUUUAGCUCAACAAAGCAAACUGUAUGUAGUAUACAAUUUUUGGCCUCAAAGGGCUCUUUUGGGAAACUUGCAGAAAAGUCCUACAGAAUGCUUCAUAGCAUGGAGAACAUUGCCACAGAAAAAUCAAUCUGUAAAAUGUUGCUGAAAUGCUUAUUCAUGAGCUUUGCUAAUCCUGAUUUAGGUUGCCGAUAAAGUAUGUUGGUAAAACAAACUAAAAAUAAUGUUUAAAGUGCCUUAAAAUUGCUUACUUGUUUGCCUCAAAUUUUGUUUAAAAGGGUAGAAGGGAUACCUUGCCUUAGUUACUAAAUUUGUUGUGGUGCCAGCAAUUGCUAUUUUCCAAGACUUUAGGAAACCCAGGAUCUCUGGCAUGUAAAAAUGCCUAUCUGAAAAACUCAAGUUUGUGCUGUGUCAAUUUAGUCACGCUCCGGAAGGCCUGCACUACACACCUCUUGCUCAUUAGCCUUGCCAGCAAGGUGUAAUUCCACAGUUCAGAGCUGUGGCUUGAAUUGUUUCCCUUUUAGUUGUUUUGGGGGGAGGGGAGGCUGGGUUAUACAUCUUCACCAUAUGCUUGGCUGCCUCACUGUCAAAAGUAAUUACUCCUUUGUGAAAUGCAGUAUCAGCUGAUCUGUGCUGUGUACUAGCAAAAAACCUGAAGUAACAACUUGCAGUUUUUCUUGGCCUUGUGUUUUGAAGUGGAAGGUAGCUCAUAGAUCUGUAGUUGUACUUGCCCCUAAAUCAGUUUUAGGCACUGAAUUGUAGUGACUCUUCAAGUUAUCUGGCUUUUUCUUGAAGCCAGCUUGUGCAAAGACCAAGCUGUUACCUUACAAAUGUUCUCUGCAAGUGUUGCUGUUAAAGUUUGUAUUUUGUCUUCAGUGGAAGAAAACUGAAGCAGUUGUAAUCACAAAACCAAAUUGAUAAAUAAAAUCUGUUGAAUGGAA